AUGGCUGCUUAUCAAGAAGAAACGCACGGAGUUGCGACGGGGAUACGUUUCAAGCCUAUUCUUAUUUGGCUUCUCUGGGGAAAGGCUUUGAAGCAUGACAUCUCGAUUUAUACGAAGGAUGUGUUUGAGAAGGAUUUAUACGGUGCGCACCCGGGACCUGGAAGGUCUUCUCGGACGUUGAUGAAAACAAAUGGGAAUUAUACAACGCUAAUCCGGCCGAUACGAGGAGGCCAAACUGAACUUAAGGCUUUUAAGGGGUGCGGUGGAGGUAACAAGAACCAUAUCGGAUCCAUGAAGGAGUUCAAAUACAUCAUCGACAACUCCGACGGUGGCGACAAAUCGGUGGCUGUUGGCAAAGGACACUGGUACAUGCACGAGUACUCGUUGUGUGGAGAUUCGUUCAAAGUUAUCCGGAAAACUGUCUACAUUAUCUAUCGGGUGAUAAGGGACGCCCCGAAAGAUAGUCAGUCAAUAUUUAAACGGGCAAUGAGUUGA